GACUACAGCGGUGACGAAGUCUGCCAAACGGAGAGAGGGAAUCGUUGGUGGCAAAGCUCUUGGCAGCAGCUGAUUCAACCAACUGUAGCACUAACGAGGUGUGUCAGAGGAGCUAGCUGCCGGACGGAGUUUAAGAAGCAAUACCAGAAUUUAUUUUAGUUUCAAUUAUCACAAAAUCCUACACAAAGAUGUUAUUCUCUUUCAACUUUUCGGCAAUUUAUUUCUUACUAACGGUAUAUCUCCAUGUUACAUAUUGUCGUUCGCAACCCAACUCUAACCAAGCAACAUCGGCAGGAGAAAAUUUUGAUUUGCUCAUUUUCACGCAACAUUGGCCAGAGACUGUUUGCUCCCAUUGGAAAGAAAAGGUUCCAUCUCAUCGUUGCUUUUUACCAAGGCAGGAGGAGUGGACAAUUCACGGAGUUUGGCCUACUCAGUUCCACAAAAUUGGCCCAGCAUUUUGCAACAAGACACAGCGUUUUAAUGAGUCUGCUUUAAUGCCAAUAGUCCAUCAGUUAGAUGAGAAAUGGAUAAACAUUGAAGAUGGUACACCACAUUUUUCAUUCUGGAAACACGAGUGGGACAAACAUGGUACCUGUGCAUCCGUCCUUGAUCCUUUGAAUACAGAACUGAAAUAUUUUCAAAAAGGAUUGGAUCUGUUGAAAGAAUAUGACAUGACUCACGUGCUUGCCAAGGCAGGAAUAUUCACUGGUCAAGCUUAUCCCGUAGAGCAAAUCAUUAGUGGUGUGGAAAAAAUUUUAGGAAAAACUAUCGAGGUCGAGUGUAUCACGAGUCCGAAAACGCAUGAAUCUUACAUAUUCGAAAUACGGAUUUGCCUGGAUAAAGGCUUGAAGCUGACUGAUUGUGACAACAUCGUUGACUUUCCUUCAAACUGUAAUCGGAAGAAGCCAGUAAAUUAUCCUAGCGCAGUUCCAUCCAAUUACAAUGUUAUAUUAGUAAAAUAGUAAUCAAAAUGUUCAAACUAGGUGAAUCAAAAAUUGUAUAAU